GGCCUGUACCGCAAAGGGCCUGCUCAGCGGGAGUUCUCUGGUCUGGGGAAUUGCCUCACCAAGAUCUGGAAGUCAGAUGGUGCCAAGGGCCUGUACCAGGGCUUCAACGUCUCCGUCCAAGGCAUCAUCAUUUACAGAGCGGCCUACUUUGGUGUCUAUGACACCGCCAAGGGUAUGAUGCCCGAUCCCAAGAAUGUGCACAUCAUGGUGAGCUGGAUGAUCGCCCAGAGUGUGACGGCUGUUGCCGGUCUCGCGUCCUAUCCAUUUGACACUGUCAGACGUCGUAUGAUGAUGCAGUCUGGAAGGAAAGGAGCUGAUAUCAUGUACACGGGCACAAUCGACUGCUGGAAGAAGAUCGCCAAAGAGGAAGGCGGCAAAGCUUUCUUCAAGGGCGCCUGGUCCAAUGUGCUGAGAGGAAUGGGAGGCGCGUUCGUGUUAGUCCUGUAUGACGAAAUCAAGAAAUACACAUAG